AUGCUUAAUGUUGACAUUACCCUAACUGCUUUGAGAAUAACUAUUGAAGUGUUCACUUGGACAGAUAGUGAAGAAGUGACUAAAGUAAUACCCUUUUAUGGUGCAUUGAUUCACCUUGCUGUUGCAACAAACCAGGCUGAGCUGAGGCAGUUUGUUAGAAAGGAUAUAUUUUCGUCUAUAACACAGGGCUUUUCUGUUGAGUUGAAUGUCGUUGUUAGUGCGGAGCUUAUUGGACUUUGUCGAGGAAUAUAUCUAUAUCUGUCAGACAAAGAUCGUGCACCUAAACAGUUUGGCUCUGGAGGCUUUGGUCAUGCACAGUUCAGAAAGUAA